GCUUCAGUCUUCACUUCCUGGUGUUUUCAAACUGGAUGUCAGAAGCGGCUGCCGAGUGGUUUGUCAAACCGGUCCAAAGUUGUCAAAACACGGGAGGAGGAUGAACUCAAAGACGAGGAUACUACAGCCGUGUGAAGUCUGUACGCUGUGUGAACCUCGUGUGACAAAAUGAUAAAGAGACGCUAUGCUUUCAGCGGCUAACGGAACGCUGCUGUAACAGAGACGGGCCAGCCGCUCCGCUAGCUGCUGCUGCUAGCCACUUAGCAUCGUUAGGUAGCAUCGAGUGUCAGUUUUUAACGAGUCAAGUUGGGACUUCAGAUACGACUUAAGAGGACUACUUGUGGGUGUCCAGAAGAAGACAAUAUGGAGAACAAGGACAAAGUACAGAUGAGGAACCAUCCUCGCAGACAGCUGAAGAAGCUGAGCGAGGACAGCCUCACCAAGCAGCCGGAGGAAGUCUUCGAUGUGCUGGAGAAGCUGGGCGAAGGGUCGUACGGCUGUGUGUUUAAAGCCCAUUAUAAAGAGACGGGCGAGAUCGUCGCCAUCAAACAAGUUCCUGUGGAAUCGGAUCUUCAGGAGAUCAUCAAGGAAAUCUCCAUCAUGCAGCAGUGUAACAGUCCUCACGUUGUGCGCUACUACGGAAGCUACUUCAAAAACAGUGACCUGUGGAUCGUUAUGGAAUACUGUGGAGCCGGAUCAGUUUCUGAUAUCAUCCGACUACGCAACAAGACGAUAACAGAAGAGGAGAUCGCCACCAUCCUGCAGUCCACUCUGAAGGGUCUGGAGUAUCUUCACUUUAUGAGGAAAAUCCACAGAGACAUUAAAGCAGGAAACAUCCUGCUGAACUCGGAGGGCCAGGCCAAACUGGCCGACUUUGGAGUUGCUGGACAACUCACAGACACCAUGGCGAAGAGAAACACGGUCAUCGGCACGCCCUUCUGGAUGGCUCCAGAGGUCAUACAGGAGAUCGGGUACAACUGCGUGGCUGACAUCUGGUCUCUGGGAAUAACGGCCAUCGAGAUGGCCGAGGGGAAGCCGCCCUACGCCGACAUACAUCCCAUGAGGGCCAUCUUCAUGAUUCCAACCAACCCUCCGCCAACGUUAAAGAACCCGGACCUGUGGUCUCCGUCGUUUCGAGACUUUGUCAGCCAGUGUUUGGUGAAAAACCCAGAAAAUAGGGCGACUGCCACGCAGCUGCUACAGCAUCCGUUCAUCAAGUCGGCCAAGCCCAACUCCGUCCUCCGAGCGAUGAUCACAGACGCCAUGGAGAUCAAACUGAAGAGCCAGGAGGAGGAACAGAGAGAGCAGGACGCAGAAGAUGAUGACAACUCGGAUGAGGAUGAGGUGGACCAGGGGACGAUGGUGCGGGCGGGAGCUGGGGACUCAGGAACCAUCAGGGCCGCCGGCUCGUUAGCCGGUUCGCUCAGCAGCACGGCUCGGACGAUGAUCUCACACGAGGACACGGGAACCAUGCAGUCGCAGCUCGGCACCAUGGUCAUCAACUCGGAGGACGAGGACGAGGAAGAAGCUGGAACUAUGAAAAGGAGAGACGAGACGAUGCAGCCGGCCAAGCCGUCCUUCCUCGAGUACUUUGAGCAGAAAGAGAAGGAGGCCAACAGUCACAAUGACGGAGGAGGACAAAACAACGCGGACAACCGCAAACUGCCUGCUGAAGGAGACUUUGAAGUGGUGAGCUCGUGGUCUGUGGAGGAGCUGCGGCUGCGUCUGGAGUCCCUGGACCCCCAGAUGGAGCAGGAGAUCGAGGAGAUCCGCCAGCGCUACCAGACCAAGAGGCAGCCCAUCCUCGACGCCAUCGAAGCCAAAAAACGCCGGCAGCAGAACUUCUGAGA